GCGGUGGUGCAUGGCGAGUGAAAUGGCACCCUUUUGUGGAGAGGAAGUAUGACCUACUGGUCGCAUGCAUGCAUGAUGGUUUCAAGGUUGUGCGGUUCUCGAGCGGUGCCUUUGGUAGCAGCAGUGGAGUACAAGUGAAUGAUGAAACGAGCUCUAUAGCCCAGCGAUUCGACAAACAUACGUCUCUGGCUUACGGAGUGGAUUGGUGUUACACGGGACAAUUGCAUAACGAGAAGAUGUUGAUUGCAAGUUGUUCAUUUUAUGACCAUUCUCUAAAGACAUGGUAUGGCUAG